GGGUCUUCUAACAGAUUUAUUUGUCUCGAAACUCAACGUUUUCAAGUAGAACAGCAAGCAUCUUCUUGUUAACAACGCCAAAACCCUCCAUGAUAGUACAAACGAGACGCCAACAGCAAUCAUCUCAACUCUUCGCAUCCAAGUUCCUCCGUCGGAACCGCGAGAAUUUUCUUCGAUGAAGUUUCAUCGUCUUCUCCAUGCAACUGCUCUUCAGGUGCGUCACAAGCCAUAGAUUUGUCGUUCGACAAGCCUUCUUGUGUGUCCUCUCCGCUGGACUUCAACUCCUCGCCCUGAUCGGAAGAAGGCUCCAGCUCGAGCUUCUGUGUAUCGUGGUCUUGUACCAGUUCUUCAUUCCCACCUUGGUCUUGUACCUGCCCAUCACUCUCCUCUAUUUCCUGGCUGCCUUGUGUGUCCUUGUCAAGUUCAUCAGUACUUUGACCGUUAUCCCCUCGAUCAUCAUCUAAGACUUCUUCUCCGUCCCUCAUAUCACAUUCAGUCCCUUGUGUUUGGGCUAUUUGGCAUUCUCCUUCUACCCAGGCAUUCGAACUUGGGCUUUCUAUCUGACAAUCUGGCACUGCAGACUCGCGUCUCUGCUCAGGCUGUGUGGGCAGCUCCUCACUGGUGGGAGAGCUUUCCUCCCUUCGGAUGGUUUCCCCGCCUGAGACAGGUUCACGAGCAGCUCUGUCCCCCCCUGAGACCUGGAACCCGACCAACUG